AUGUUAGCAUGUAAUGCAACCGGAACAGAAAAAUUAAAACCAUUACUAAAAGAUUUAGACCAAAAAUUUCGUAUUCAAAAUUGUCAAGUCUUGUUAUUAGUGGAUAAUGCCUUUUCACAUUUUUAUAACCAAUCUAAUAUUGCUAAUAUUGAUGAAUUAUAUGAAUCAGAUGAAUCAAAUAUUAAUUCUGAAGAAGAAAUAUUUGAUAAUGAUUUAGAAUCUAAAAUUUCAACCUCUAUAUGUGAAAAUCGUCAAGGUCAUAGUAGACCAAGAUUAAUCAAAACCAAUCAAGGUUUAAAUAAUAGCUGUGAUAACUAUGAUAAUUGUGAUAAUUAUGAUAGUUGUGGUAGUCAUAGUAGUCAUAAAGAUCAUAGUACUGAUAGUAUUUCUCAUGAAGAAAUUGAACUUGCCACUUGUAUUCAAAAUAUAGUAUUAGAGCAGCAAGAACAGAAUAUCAGUACAUUAGUAGUAGAUUUAACUUCUCAAGAUCCAAAUCUGAAAAUUAAAAAUCAAUUAAAUGUAUAUUUAGAUCUCAAUAACUUGCAUAUCUUAACUGAGAAAAAGCUUAAUGAUUCUGAAAUUAUCGAAGUUGUAUUAGAUGAAGCAAAUCAAUUUGAACAUGGAGAUCCUGAUGAUUCAGAUGAAGAAGAACCAGAAAUUUUAAUAUCAGAAGGAUUAACAGGUUUAAAUAAAUUUAUAUAUUUUUUUAAAUAA